AUGCCUGUAGGCCACAAAGAGGCUGUCAGGCCAUCGCCUCCUCACUUCAUUCAAUUCGACAAAUCCCCCGAGCCUGGUCUCAAGGUGGUGACAAGCACUGCCUCAUAUCCUCCACACUCGCACCCUCUCAUCGUGCAUUCUCGAUCACAAGAAAGCAAAUUCCACCAAAAAACUCAUUCCACUUUGUCAGAGGGCAUGACGGAGCGAAACCUGCCCGUGACUCUACGGGAACAAAUGAACGACGAUCAAGAAAUUUUUAUCUUUCAUGAAUGGUUCCAAGAUUACUCGAGCAAAAUGGGGACCCCUUCAGUUGCACUCCAAUUCUAUGACAAGGACACCUCUCGCUUUGUUCAAACAUUGGAGAACCCGACUUUGAGAGCUGCAAUCCAGAGAUAUAAGGAGACACAGCCCAAGACCGAUUUUUGGGACACCUUCAACCCCGAUUCCUGCUCAUGGGAUCAAGUUGUCGCUGAACUUGAGGACACCACAAAGUUUUAUCGGGCCAAGGCAGACGGGAAUCUUAUUCGGCGCUCCUUCCGUAGCCAAGGAGUUUCGAGAAACAUGGUACCCCUCCUGGAAAGCAUCCCUCAAGAUAACGGCUUAGGAGUUCUCAAGGGAGGACUGCUGGUCAUCUUUAACGCUGUCAAGAGAAGAGCAGAUACGUGUGAGAAAAUCUUUGAAAGCUUCGAGCAUAUACCUAGCUGCAUCGUCAAUGCCGAGCAACUCCGCCAGAUUUAUCCCCGAGACGAAUCCCUGUUCUCUGCUGUUAGUAAUCUCUACAGUCAAUUAGUCAAGGCUAUCCCACUUCUAAUUGAUGUUCUCCUUCGUAGGAGCAGCGGCUCCAGUGAGUAUAUCAUGAAACGACAAGCUACCCGGUCAUUCUUUGCUCAUGGGGUUACAGAAAUCAAGAAAUUUGGCAAGUCCGUUUUCGGCGACUCUUCGGCCGAGGUCGAUGGCAUCCUAAAGCCAGUGAAGAACGCAGAGGACAUGGUAAAACAAUGCCGGUUGCGCUUGGACACAAGGGGCAUUGCCAUGAACACAAUGGGCAUGGUCGAGAGCUAUCAAUGCCUACAGGAGAUGCACGUUGAGCUUCAUUCUCACAAAGAACUUUCAGAGCAAAGAUUAGCGACCAUCGAAGAGAAGCUUGACGCUUUGAGAGCAGACUAUAAAGAGACGCACAGCCACAUCGGUCAGUCUGUACAAUGGGUGGAAGAUUUCAAGAAUAUGAUGUACAGUUUUGGCCAAGAGACCUUACGGAGCCAGCGGCUGUCUUUGGAGGCAGGGUCUUAUAGAGCAGUUACACCAUCACGACUCACAAUGCUGGACGUGAUGGAAGCCAUCUGCAAUGAAACCGAGAGGGCUGCCCCUCUCCAAGAUCUUGCACUAGUCCUACGAAAAUACCACGAGUUCAGCUCCCAGGGACUUUCUCGGGCCAAUUACCUCAUGGCAAUUUCCAAGUUCCAGUCAUGGCUGAUGAGCCCCGAGUCUGGUAUGCUACUCGUUGAUGGACACUGCGGCGAUCAAAGCAUCGGCAAAAUUGCUCCUACGUCGGUCUUUUGCUCAGGUCUUGUAGAAGCGCUUUCUGGGCCGCUUCACAACCCAUCGCUCUCUUCUCUGCCACAGCAGCCCCAACUUGUCUUGCACUUCUUUGCCGGACAGCAUACAAAUCCCAAUGCGGGACUAUGCGGGCCCCAUGGCCUCAUGCGAAGUCUUAUCGAUCAACUCCUCCUCCAGUGGCCUGACCAUGAGCCACUUGAUCUGACGUUUCUGGAGCGAGAAUUUUCAGCAAGAAAAACUCCAGACGACUUCGAGACACGAUUUCUCUGCUACAUCUUUGAACAACUCGUUUGUCGAUUGAGUUUCAGCUCGCCAUUAUGCUGCGUUGUCGACGGUGUUUCGCAUUUUGAGACAAAUCUAUGGGGCUGGGCCGAUGAUUUUACGAUGAUCAUUGAUAGCUUUCUUACUUGUAUGCAUGAAUGUUUAGGCUCGGUCAAAUUCUUACUUGUCAGCCCAGAGAGAAGUACUAGGGUGCGAUAUAGAAUCCCUGAAGAAUUUCAUGUCGACUUGAGGGCUGGGAAUUUUCAUCCACGGUCACCGGGUCAGAGCUUGGUGGUGGACAUCACAGAGAUGAAGUCUACUUGGCGUACCUAUUGA